AUGUCUCACCUGAAAUUCUACGCAUACGAAGGGGCCGGAACCCAAAAGCAGCGGGAUUUCUGUGGCUGGGACCCUGUUACGGGCGAAUUUGAGAGGGAAAUCAAUGCACAAAUUGACCUUGCGUUUUCCAAUGUGGAGCGUUGCUUGAAAGAUGCUGGUGGAAAGGGCUGGUCACAAGUAUACCGCGUGAAUUCAUACCACGUUCCAAUCAAUAACGAGGCCCUAGCGGCGAUGGUCCGUAACUUCAAAAAAUACAUGCCGGACCACCAGCCUAUCUGGACCUGUGUUGGCGUUCCUCGAUUGGGUGAGGAUGAUAUGCGUGUCGAAAUCGAGGUGGUCGCUCAUGACCCUGAAGGUGCUAAAGUGGCUGCUUCUUCUUAA